CAGGAGGAGCAGCAGUAAACUUGUGUCACAGGCUGAGAACUGCACGCUUACUGUAGGAAAACCACUGAUGUGAAAGCGGUCUGUUGCUGCACACGUCAUUGAAUGGGUAUGCUAGCCUGCAGUCCUCCUUGAUUGGCACGGGUGUCGUCCAAGCAGUCAGAGGUUGAAAGUGCAGCCUUAGUUUUUUCUGCAUAACAUCCAGACAAUGUCAGGCCGGAGAGUGGUGGUGUUUGUUUCAGCAGCAGAACUCGGCCCAGCUCUGGCCCAGCUUGUAGCCUCUCGAGCUGAGAAGACCCUGAGCAGUGGUGCUAGCACCUUUUCCCUGGGUCUCUCAGGAGGAAGUCUGGUGUCCAUUCUAAGUAAGGAGCUGCCUGCUGUACCGAACCUGGACUGCAGCCAGUGGCUGGUGGGGUUCUGUGAUGAGCGCCUGGUUCCUUUUGAUGAUCCUGAGAGCACAUAUGGACUUUACAAGAAUCAGUUGUUCUCAAAAGUGAACAUUUCAGAGGACCGGGUGCUAGCAAUAAAUCCUUCGUUACCAGUAGAUGAGUGUGCAGAUGACUACGCCAGAAAGCUUAGUAAGGCAUUCAAUACUGAAAAAACGCCAGUAUUUGAUAUGUUGUUGCUGGGCAUGGGACCGGAUGGACACACAUGCUCUCUUUUCCCAGAUCAUCCCCUAUUACAGGAAAAGCAGAAGACAGUGGCUCCUAUCAGUGACUCCCCGAAACCACCUCCUCAGAGGGUCACCCUCACACUGCCCAUGGUGAACGCUGCCCGUUGUGUGGUGUUCGUGUCCACUGGAGGCAGCAAAGCCCCUGUGCUUAAGCAUGUACUGGAAGGGGGAGAAGGACCGGUCCUGCCUGCAGCCCUUGUCACUCCGACUCAGGGUGAACUCUUCUGGCUGGUGGAUGAACCAGCAGCAGCCUCUUUAACACGGGAGGUGGAAAGACCAGGACCUGGGGCUAAACUGUGAGCUCACAAAUAACCUGGAGAGAGACAGAUUACUCGUAUUUGGUCCACAGUGUUGAAGUUUUUCGAAUCAGCGGUUAAAUCUUUGACUUUGACAAGCUGCUAAUUACAAGAAUGAGUGUCUAGAAUGUAAUGUGUAGACUGAUUGUACUUUUUUACAGGCACAUAAACUGUAUGUUGGUAAAGAGGACAUAUGUCUUAUGUUAUAUGUCUGAGAGAUCAUUGUAUAUACGGUAUUUGACUAUAAUGGGUUAAACACAGAAAAAUAAAUAAAUGUGCCAGCUAAUUG